AUGCUUAAGAAAGUUUGUUCAGGAUUACCAUUAAAUCCUUUACCACCAGCAAAAAAACCUCGUAAUACCAAUGUACCACAUGCACCAGAUAGAAAACCAUCGCUUACUAAUGAAGAACGAAAGUUAGCAAUUAAAAAUGCACUUCGAUAUUUUCCUUCGAAUAUUCAACCGCAAUUAAUUGAUGAAUUUCAAUAUGAAAUGGAUACCUAUGGUCAUAUAUAUAUGUAUCGAUUUCAACCGGAUAUUGAAAUGCGUGCAUAUCCCAUUGAUGAAUAUCCAUGUAACUGUAAAGCAGCUGCAGGCAUUAUGUUAAUGAUCAUGAAUAAUUUGGAUAGAAAAAUUGCUCAAUUCCCUGAUGAAUUAGUAACCUAUGGUGGAAAUGGACAAGUUUUUGGUAACUGGGCUCAAUUCUGUUUGGUUAUGAAUUAUUUGAGUAUAAUGACAGAUGAACAAGUUCUUGUUAUGUACUCGGGACAUCCAUUAGGUUUAUUUCCAACUAGAACUGAAUUUUCACCACGUGUAGUAAUUACAAAUGGUUUGGUAAUUCCAAAUUAUUCAUCCACGGAUGAUUAUGAACGUAUGUUUGCACUUGGUUGUACAAUGUAUGGUCAGAUGACAGCUGGAUCAUAUUGUUAUAUUGGUCCACAGGGAAUUGUACAUGGAACAUUUAUUACAAUCAUGAAUGCAGGUCGAAAGAGAUUUGGUACAAAUGAUUUACGUGGAAGAGUAUUUCUUUCAUCUGGUAUGGGUGGAAUGUCUGGUGCUCAACCAAAAGCAUGUCAACUUCUUGGUUGUAUUGGUGUUGUUGCAGAAGUAAGUGAAGAAGCUGCAAAAAAACGACAUGAUCAAGGCUGGUGUCAAGAGUUAAUAUAUGAUUUAAGUGAAUUGAUUGAACGUAUUCGAGAAUGUCGAACAAAGAAAUUGGCAACUUCUAUUGGUUAUGUUGGAAAUGUCGUUGAUGUUUGGGAACGUUUAGCAACUGAAAAAGAAACACUUAUAGAUCUUGGUUCUGAUCAAACAUCAUGUCAUAAUCCAUAUCAUGGAGGAUAUUAUCCAGUUCAAUUGUCAUAUGAUGAAUCUCGAAAAUGUAUGAAGAGUGAUCCAGAAAAAUUUAAAGAACUUGUACAUGAAAGUCUUAAACGACAAGUGGCAGCAAUUGAUAAAUUACAUGAACGUGGCAUGUAUUUUUUUGAUUAUGGUAAUGCAUUUUUACUAACAGCAAAACGAGCAGGUGCUCCUGUUGGCGGUACUGAUGAGAAACGUUGUAUACGUUUUAAAUAUCCAUCAUAUGUUCAAGAUAUAAUGGGUGAUAUAUUUUCUCUUGGUUUUGGACCAUUUAGAUGGGUAUGUGCAUCUGGUUUAGAAAAUGAUUUACAACAAACAGAUAGAAUUGCUCAAGAUUGCAUUGAAAAACUUAUGGCAAAAGAAAAUACUCCAAAUAAUGUUCUUGAACAAUAUGACAGUAAUUUAAAAUGGAUACGAGGAGCUGAAGAUGCCAAAUUAGUUGUUGGUUCACAAGCACGAAUUUUGUAUUCUGAUCAAACCGGUAGAGUUAAUAUUGGUUUAGCAUUUAAUGAAGCUGUACGAUCAGGUCGAUUAAAAGGACCAGUUAUUUUAUCAAGAGAUCAUCAUGAUGUAUCAGGAACAGAUUCACCUUUUCGUGAAACAGCAAAUAUUGAAGAUGGUUCUGCAUUUUGUGCAGAUAUGUCUGUACAAAAUGUUAUUGGUGAUUCUUUUCGUGGUGCAACAUGGGUAUCAUUACAUAAUGGUGGUGGUGUCGGUUUUGGAGAAGUAAUGAAUGGUGGUUUCGGUAUGUUUCUUGAUGGUAGUGCAAAAGCUGAUGAGAACAUUCGACAAAUGUUAUAUUGGGAUGUAAUCAAUGGUGUUAGUCGUCGAUCAUGGUCAGGCAAUAAAAAUGCACGUCAAACAGUAGAACGAGCAAUGGAUAAAGAAUCGAAACUUAAAGUUACAUUACCCAAUGAAUUAGCUGAGGAAUGUAUUCAAAAAUUAUCUGCGUGA